AUGAACCCCGCCAAUGCCUCCCACUCCACCACCCGAACGAGCUCAACCCCGGCCUCCGCUCUGCGCCCACGAACCCGCCGACUCAUUUCCGGUCUUGACGAAGAGCUAGGGGACAAUAUUGGUAGUGGUGGGAGCACUCGCAUACCUUCACCCUAUGAAUCACCCUUCAGCUCGCGGGCCGCAUCGCCUAUCCCUAGCACGCACCCCUCACGCCCAGUGACUUCACAAUCCGUACCACGCUCGCACCCAGCUGGCAAGUCAGAUCGACCAGGCGCUCUGGGACAAAACAACGGGCAGGACUCCCUUAAUGCACUCUCGGGACUAUGGGGCAACUCGUGGACAGCGCUGCAAGGGCUAGCGUCGAAUGUGCUCGGCGGCGACACAACGGCUGGCACUAAGGACAAUCCUACGAGGAGGAGAAGGCCGUCGGGAGCGGCCCGCACUCGUAGCUCAAGCAAUGCGCGGUCUGCGCAAUGGGGCCCAUCGGGCUCUACAGAGUGUCAAGUUGGAGCAGGAUCGCGGGAAGAAAGGGAGAAUCUCGUUCGCGCAAUGAAGCGGAAGGACCUCUUGUCGGCCAACGGGCAUGCGUACCCAGACGCUUCAGGGAGACACAAGCGGAGAACCUCAGACGACCGGUUCUCUGUCUCUGCACCGCCGGCGGAGCAUGACGACCGGGAUGCACUGGUAUAUCUGCACCACGUCCGGCCGCAAGACACUCUCGCCGGCAUCACAAUAAAGUACAAUUGCCAGGCAGCGGUGCUGCGGAAAGCCAACCGAAUGUGGCCGAACGACACAGUCCAGUGCAGACGAACCUUGGUCUUGCCGGUUGAUGCCUGUGGCGUGAAGGGCCGUCCGGCUCCUGCGUCUCAAGAGAGCGCGGCAGAACGGGAAGAGGAAGAUCUGUUGCUCGGCGGAACUGAGAUUAAGGAUGAUUCAAGAUCAGACACAACACCCACUCCGACACCCACACUACCCAAUGGCUGGCACCGCCGUACGUCUACUUCCACCCACUCGGCAACUGCCAGCCACUCCCAGCACCCGCCAUCAUCAGCGACCUCUUCGCAAACCGAAAGCGACCCACCCUGGAUACACGACUCCUGGGUGAUUCUUCCAGGCGACGCCAAUCCCACGGAAAUUGCCCGCCUUCCCCGCCGAAGUCUCGGUUACUUCCCCCGUGCUAGACGAAAAUCCACCAACUUCUCCGAAUCCGCCACGCCCUCCACCUCCUUUGACCUCCCUCGCCCAUCUACCUCCGAUGACUCCACGCCCACUAUACAUCCUCCCAGCCAAUCCAUCCCAAACAGCCCCAGCAACACCACCUCCGCAUCCAAACUUUCCCGCCCGCCCCGCAUCCGCAGCACUUCCAACACCAGCACCACAAGCCAGCCGCGGCACAAACCCGCCUUCAUCCUCCAGGGCCCCGGCGGCGUCGGGACGCUCUCGCCCUCCGUCCGCUCCCCCGGCCCCGCGGCCGACGGCCUGAACAAGAACUUCGCGAAAUACCUGCCCUCGGUCGCGCCGCCUCCUUCACAGUCCCACUUCACGCCGUGGGCGCCCAGUUUACUCGACGCGGUGAGCCCCGUCCUGACGCCGAGCGGCGCGCGGAGUCCUGCUGCAGGAGGGCCAGGCGCCGGGUUCGAGAUCGAGCAGCUGGGCGGUGCGAUCGAGGGGUGGGUGAGGAAGAUGGCGGGGAAGGCGAGCAAGGCUGCGACGAGCUUGGGUGAAGGGAAGCCGGCAGCGCUGAAUAGCAAAGCUGCCAAGGCGGGAGUGGGGCCUGCGGGACUGGGGGCCGGGACUGGGGUCGGGGAUUUGAUUGAGCUGACAGAUGCGUUUGAGAUUGGGGAGGAUGAGGAUGGGGUGGAGGAGGAGGUUGGGAGGGGUAGAGCAUUUCAGGAUGGUCAUGAAGUAUCGGGCCUGACGAGGAGGUCUAGGAACAGGGAAGGUAGCAAGGGGACUAAGGGUGGAAAGGAUGAUUGA